AUGGACGAAACAAAUAAACAGAAAUUUGUAAUUUCUCAAAAAUUCGAAAAUGUGCUCAAUGGAGGAGCACAAAAUGGACAGGGAAAUGAGCAUUUUGAUAUUUCAUGGAGACUCCGAAUUCAGCCGGAAAGCCUAGAAAAUCCAAAAUUCUCAAUAGAAUUGGAUUGUUUCGUUGAUCCAACCUACUUAAAAUGGUCCAUAGAUACAGUAAUCCAAUGGGAGAUAAUUUCAAAAUUUGGAGAAAAAAAGUUAAUCGAAAAAUCUGAUUUCUCAAUUCAAAAGUACAGUAAUCCAUCGAUUCGUUUCGAUGGGAGCACUCUUGAUUGCUCAUCUAAUGAUGAUUGGAUUACUGUAAAAUGCCAUGUGGAAAUUUUGAAAGUUUUUGGAUUUUCAAAAAAAAGAUUUCGAAAAUUUGAUGAGGAAACAAUGAAAAAUGUGUCGGAUGUCAUUUUAAAAGUCGAUGGAGAGCAGUUUUUUGUUUCGAAAUUGUUCCUGACUGCUCAAACUACAAUUUUCAAUUCUCUAGAAUUUUCUGAAAAUUCCGGAAAUUCUGGAAUUCCAGAAUUCCCACUAGAAAAUAUAGAUGCCAAUGAUUUUCAAGUGUUCCUAGAGGUCCUCUACGGAGAAUUAUCGAUUGAUGAUGAUAUAGUAAUUCAGUUAUUGGAAUUGGCGGAAAAAUUCGGAGCUUCUACAGUAACCCGAAAAUGUGAAAAGUAUUUGAGAUCCGAGGAAACUGAUAUGGAGAAUUCGAAAAUUUGGGAAUUGGCUGGAAAAUUUAAAUUGGAAAUUUUGAAUUUAGAGAAAUAA